CACCGCGGAGCCUGCUGACCCUCCUCCGCCGGCGGCACAAGCCUGUGGUUCUUUGAGUCAGGCCCCGGCUAGGGCUUGCCGCGCCGCCGGUCGUGCGCCGUCGCGGGUGCGGCUCUGAUGCUGCGGCUGGCUCCGGACGCCCGGAGCUCUGCAGGAAUUUAAGAAGAUUUUAUUCAUGUGCAUGUCAUAGAAGAUGAAUUCAUCUUCUUCUACUAUGAAUGAAGAGCCUGAUGCUCUGUCGGUAGUUAACCAGCUACGGGAUUUAGCGGCAGAUCCACUAAAUAGAAGAGCCAUCGUCCAGGAUCAGGGAUGUCUGCCUGGCCUUAUUUUAUUUAUGGACCAUCCCAACCCCCCUGUUGUUCACUCAGCUUUGCUUGCGCUCCGGUACUUGGCUGAAUGCCGUGCAAACAGAGAAAAGAUGAAGGGAGAGUUGGGGAUGAUGUUAAGUUUACAGAACGUCAUACAAAAGACUACAACGCCAGGAGAAACAAAACUUCUGGCCUCUGAGAUCUAUGACAUCCUUCAGUCCUCCAGUAUGGCUGAUGGUGAUAGUUUUAAUGAAGUGAAUUCACGUCGAAGGAAAGCUCAGUUUUUCCUGGGAACUACAAACAAACGUGCCAAAACAGUAGUUUUGCAGAUAGAUGGUCUUGAUGAUACGUCUCGAAGAAAUCUGUGUGAAGAGGCUUUGUUAAAAAUUAAAGGUGUUAUUAGCUUUACUUUUCAAAUGGCUGUUCAAAGGUGUGUGGUGCGAAUCCGUUCAGAUUUGAAGGCAGAGGCUUUGGCGUCAGCAAUAGCAUCAACCAAGGUCAUGAAAGCCCAACAAGUUGUGAAAAGUGAAAGUGGGGAAGAGAUGCUGGUCCCAUUCCAGGAUGCCCCUGUGGAAGUGGAAGAGAACACAGAGCUGCCUGACUACCUGCCAGAGGACGAGAGUCCCACAAAGGAACAGGACAAGGCAGUGUCCCGGGUCGGCUCACACCCCGAUGGUGGAGCCAGCUGGUUGAGCACAGCUGCAAACUUUUUAUCCAGAUCAUUUUACUGGUGACUUCAACUUCAGUAUGGGGCUCAAGAACCGUGCAAACCACCAGGGGGCCAGCUUUCCAUUGUUGUGGUGAACUGUCAAGUGCAAUUCGCAAUAGAUUAUCAUGGGAAGUCUCUAGAUUACAUGACUACGUAUGCUGCAUUUUACAUUUUAUUGAACAUUUUCCCCACCGAAUGGUAAACAGGACAGAGGCUGCAGGUGGAAUGGUUUAUGAAGGUAUUUUGGUAUUGUUUUCCUUUGCUUAAUUGCCUCACUGUUUUUUGAAAAACAUGGGUCCACUGUUAAACCAAAUGUAUGUGCAGCUUUGUACUCUGCUUUCCAUGGAGCGUGUGACUAGAAGAGCUCCUCUCCUCUAGCCUCAGGAGCUUGCUCAAGAGAAGUUUCGCAUAGCUCAAGUUGUGCAUGAAUUACUGACUAUUUUAGCAGCUUUUCUUCAUGAAUGAUACAUGACAUAUGCUUUGGUACCCUUCUCUGAAAGUUGAAAACAUACCUAGUUAGCCCCCUUCUGUGCCUUUUUUAUUUUGCCAACCAUGUUUAUAGAAAGGAGAUUAUUAAUGACAUUUUGCAAAUGGAAUUAUAUUAAUUUGAAUAUAGCAGUACCUUAAAAAAACUCUACAAAAACUGUACAAUCUUACUUGAUAUAAUUUUAACAAGGCUACCAUAAGCCAUUUAAGACAGUGGGGGCAUGAACAACAGCAAAGUGCUUUUGGGAGAAUUUGAAUGUGACCAUGCAUGGCUCUGUUGAUUCCUGCUCACUUAGGUUAUGGUGGCUCUUGAGAAUUCAGUCCACUGUGAUCUUGUGGGCAGCCUUACCCUGUGAUGCCACUGUGUCCUGCUAGAGAAAAUAGGUUUUUUGUUUGUUUGUGUUUUUUUGUUUUUUAAAUCUGGUUUUUCAAGACAGGGUUUCUCUGCAUAGCCCUGUCUUGAAACUCACUCUGUAGACUGGGCUGGCCUUGCUGAGAUUAAAGGCACACGCCACCACAACCUGGCGAGAAAGUAAUAACUAACAGUUUAAAGAGCUAAUAAACUUGAAAACAAAGUUGGAUGCCUCAAAUGACUUCAGACAUAAACCCCUAGCACAUGUCUCUCCCAGAGAUGUUUCUUUUUAUUGCCUUCUUGUGGUUUUUAAGAAAAUACUGCACCAAACUGAAUGAAACAAGACCCAAAUUGUUGCUUAUAGAGAAAGAAAGCCAGCACUGGUCACUUAGUCUUAUUUUUCAUGCCAGGAAAAAAUAAAAAAAAGACUUCAGCGAAGGUAAGCUACAUAAAUACAGACAUGUUUUUGGUUUUUUUGUAGACUGAAUUACAUGUAUGUGAUGUGUUCUUAAGAUCCUGAAAUAUUUGACAGCUAAUGUUUUCUUUGUAGAAAUCAAGCUAAAUCUGUUUUCAUGUCAACAUUAAAAACUAACAGGAAGAAACUGAAAUGUAUCGCCAUCACCACGUAGAGCUGCUGUUUUGCUCCUUGAAGAAUGUGAAAUGAGAUUGGACUCAGGAGAGCUUCUUUACAUUCUUGUUGAAAUCAGCCAGUGUUACCAGGGAAAAAUAAUCAUAAAAUACUAUGGCUCAUGAGAGCUUUUGAGUUUAUUAACAUCGUGGCUUUCUGGAAUGAGGGUGUUGAAGGUAUUUAUAGCAUUUUUCUACAUGUCUCGUCUCUGAUUCAAAUGAUACGCACAAGCAGAAAACAGAAAUUUUCAGGGCACAUGGCUAACGCAUACUAUUACUUGCUGCCAGAAUUGGAUGUGUCGAAAACAAAACAACAAAACCACCUCCUUUCUAUAGCCAUUAAAGCAAAGUUUACUUUUGAUUUUAACACAUUUUUCAUUUUAUUUUGCAUUAUCACACAUUUAUUUAAAAGUUAUAGCAAUUUGGUAGUGAUGGUUCAGGACAGUUGAUAUUUUGAACUGACGUUUGUGUGUGUCUAGGUGUUUCUUUAUUCCAGGGCUCUCAGAAGAGUCAAGGCAACUAUAAUGGCAGUUUUUGAAAUAUAUUGUAAAAUAAUAAAAUAACAAUGAAAGUUGAGUGGA